AUGGGCGCGGUAUAUGUUGUUCCCCCACAGCAGAAUGCGGUAUUUACCAAUCAGUUGAACACGAUUCCCAAUCAACCGUUCAAUAUUUUCACCACGGAACUGCCCAUUCUCACCACAACCGCACUGGACCAGUUGGUGACCUCUCCCUUCGUCCCGGUGCCGGUCGAAGCCAUGGAUAUGUUUAUCAGUAAACAAGCCGCUCUGCCGCCUGCAUCCGGUUUCGGCGCCCAAUCUCAGUCUCAGCAGGUGAUCAACACCAACGGCAUCAUUUCCCAGUUCCCGGUCCUGCCCAGUGCCGGUGGUAAUUAUCCGUCGGCCACGCAGGAUAACACGCAACCGGCAUCCAAUGCCACGCUGCAGCGGCCCCCGCCGAGCUGCUCGCAGCCGCUGUAUACCGGGAUUGUCUCGGAGAACGCCCCGAUUGGAACGUUUGUGGUACGGGCUAUCGCCACGGGGGAUCGUAUUCAGUGGAGUAUUUCCGAUACGGCGUUUGAACGGUUCAGUGUAAAUCCCACGACCGGGGAGGUGUCGGUGGCUGGAUCGUUGAAAAGGCGAACCAGGGCGGCCAUGGAGUUUAAAUUACGAGCGACGGAUGCAUUCGGACUGUGGUGCGAUGCAGUAGUGAGGAUCAACGUGGUUUCCGACAGCUCCGCCACACCAUCCAAUUAUCCACCGUACUUCACUCAAAAUUACUAUUAUUUCACGAUUCAGUGUGGAACCAGUGGUCAGCGAGUUGGUUCGGUGGUAGCAUCGGACACUGACGCUGGUCAGACUAUUUCGUAUCAAGUCAUCAAUACCAACGAAUUUUCCGUUGAUGCUAAUGGAAACAUUCAGUCUACAACGCCCAUUCAGACGUCAUCCCAACGAACCUUUGUAGUCACCGCUGUGGACACCGGCUUCCCGCCACAGACGGCUACCACGACGGUAGUGGUCAGUGUGGCCGGAAGUUGUGGUGCUGUCAACAAUGCCAACACCCCACCGACGUUCUCGCAGACCAACUAUGUGCUCAGCGCUUCGUGUCGGGUUAACGGUGUUUUUGUCGGCAUGAUUUCGGCACGGGAUUACGAAAACAACGCUAUCACAUACACACUAAGAGGAACAAACGAAUUUAACAUUAAUCCAACAACCGGUGAACUACGCGCUCAGGGAUCCUUAAACGAUGCUGCACCGCGAACGUUUUCUGUUGUCGCUACAGACAAUGGUGUUCCUCCAAUGUCCUCUGUUGCCACUGUCAGUGUCAACGUGGCGAACUGUAGUCCGCCAAAUAAUCCGCCGACAUUUUCACAAAGUGCAUUCCAGUUUACCGUUCCUUGUGAUACGGUGAUUGGAACUACUAUCGGAUCAGCUCAAGCCUACGACAGCGAGGCGAACCAGAUAGUUUAUUCGUUGACGGGAACUCAGUAUGUCGAUCCCUAA